UACAUAAAAGACGAAAAUUUCCUCAGUUUUCCAUCAUUCGUCGCCAAAUCUACGAUCCACUUCAAGCAUCGCACUGUCACAGCCCUCGCUACCAUGAAGCAAACGAUGUUUAUGCUCUUUGUGUCCUUGACGGCUUACGGUUCGACGUCCUCAGCCCAGCAACCAACCACCUGGACCAACCCUUACUUUUACUACAACUACAACAACCCGCUUGCCCUGCCUACCCAGAAGGCCUCCGCCAACGAAAUGGUGGGCAAUCCGAAACAAUUAUCCGCUUACGACGAUCACAGUAUUCAAAGCACGCUAGGAUCUCAUGUCGUACUGCUAACAACAUGCCUGAGGGAUUUGAGAACCACGAAAGCCGAUUUGGUACAAACCCAUAAGGAGGUUGAAAAUUUUAAGAAAGAGUUGAUUGAGUUAAAAGGUAAGUUUUAA